AUGCUAGCUCCGAAGAGUUCACACAAGCGCAAACGCAGCUCGGCUCGGUCCGACAAGGCUCGGAAGCUUGGGCCGACAAGAUGGAUCGUCAAUCUGUUACCCUCCGGAACGCCCAAAUCACAACGCGAGACCAAGGAGGGCACAGUCCUAUCACCGCAGGAUCAUGCAGGGCCGUCUCGAAACAGCGAGUUCGACUCACUGAUCGAUUCACAUUCCUUCUGUCGCUCUCUCGAGCUCAUAGUGCCACUCACAUCGGAAGCAGAUCAUACGUCACCCGACAGCGCCGCCGAGCUCCCUGCCGGCGUGAGCUCACUCCUCAGAAGACUUGAACGUAUCAGCUCCUCACACAGAUCAUAUAGAGCUCGCAUCCCGCUGAGCUUGCUUCUCGACCCUAUUUUCGUCACGGCAUACCUCAAGACCGGAUCCUUGAUAGCCCUCAGUCAUGCAUCGGGCGCACCUGGCCUUUCUCCGGGCCUAGAGGACACAGCCUGCGUAGACGGUCAGGGGACGUUGGUUCUAUCGCUUUGUAAGGACACCUACCAGACACUCGGCCUCACAGGAAGAGCGAGCCACUUUUCUCGAUUAUCCUCCGGACGAGCCGCAGAUCGCACGAGCGGGCCAGACUCACGCUUCAUUGUAGAGCUCCCCUUGCUCUCGCCUUCGUUCGUCCCUGGGAAGAAGGGGUAUCAGCAAGCUCUCGACCGACUGCGCCAAUGGGAUCGCACACGUGCGCAGUCACUGGAAGCAGAACAGACAAUAGCACAGUCACAUGCUUCGUCGAGAGUGGGCCUCUCCGCCCACCGUACCGAGGCAGUGACCAGCGAGCAUGCAACGUGGGACAUGCUCUUCGUGUGGUCUCCGAGUCGGGAAACUGCAGAUUCUAUCGCAGCUGAACACUCCUCCGCAUCAUUACUGGGCGCGAUGAACGAGAUCAGCUUUCCGGAGGACCUUGUGCGUGCUCAAGAUGUCGAGUGCCUGUCACUGCAGGCGAUCAAUCCCGUCAUCACGGAUUCUGUGUGGAUCCCCCCGCUCAACGAUCCUGCGCAACAUCCUCUUGGCGGCAAAUGGCGGGAAAGCGAGCGACACUUUGCUGAACUCGAACCAUCACGCGAAGGGUCUUCCGCGUCAACUUGGCCAGCGUAUCAGGACGGCCUGCAGGAAGCUGUCGAAUGGGCAGGGCUGGCUUCACUCGGCGCAAAUCCUCUGCGCACUUUCACUCGACCGGAUUCCACGUGCGUUUACAGCCCGCCUUUACCGUCACGUCCAGGCAGAAUCGUCAAGCUGAGCUGGUCGGGUCCUGUCGGUCAGCCUUUGCUGCUGAGCCCAUUGCUGAUUGCCCAGAUCGCUGCGGAGGUGAACGAUUUCGUUGUCGAAUCGUCGGGCAAAUCUCACCACCACGAAUCAGCUGAGUCGGUGCACUGGGCAACGCUAUCUUGCUCUGGGUUCCCACACGCGCCUUUGACGUGGCGAUCCAAGGUUCCACUGAGCUCUAUUCACGGGGCGAAGGAGCUGCCUGGCAACAAGACCACCUCUCAUAACCAAGCUGCACUGCCCGCCACCGAGGAUGCGUCGAUGACCGACACAUCAUCUUCAGACGACGACGAUGACGCGGACAAUGGCGACAGCGACUCCUCGCUCGACAUGGACGGCCUACGCACACCUAAGCCAAGAAAGAAGAAGCGCUCCAAACGUAACAUCGGCAAGAACCAGACCGAACACACUUUCACCCCCUCGACAGGGCUUGAGGACGACGGCUUGAUAGGUAGAAUUGAAUUCGGCGAGACCAGAUCCCGGGAUGACUUUGCCUUGCCCUACGUCAACGAGUCCGAUCACUUUGAUGAUGUAUCCGUGUUUACCAGUGCAGGUGCCCUCGACGUCAUCGCGAAGUUUUUGAUUGAGGAACUCCACCAUGGAUGGUCCGAACUUUCCUCCUCGACCUCCUCCAACCUUCCUCUCACAUCACCUCUGCUUCGUCCGUGGUACGAACGUUGCACACGCCCGUACUGUACAGAGGCAGAUACGCUGUUCGUGUGCAUUCAAGGCCGGUUCCGAAAGCGCGCCACAAUGGGCAACGACGGAGGCUCGAUCGCCAAGCGGGAUGAGCUAGUGCGAACAAAAGCCUCGUUCGAAAAGGUCGACCCGGAGCUACUCCGCCAAUCGCUCUGGACUGUAUGCUCCCUUUCACGUCAACCACUACAGCCCCCGGUCGCAUCAGACCAGCUCGGACACCUCUACAACAAAGAUGCCAUCCUCUCGCACCUGCUCGCACGGCAUCAGUCUACUUCCUCUUCCAAUUCCGAUCCCAUUCCACACGUUCGUGGAUUACGCGAUAUCACAGAGCUCAACCUCACGCCCAACACGCUCUACCGCGCACCUUCACCGACAAGUUCGAGCAAGGACCACUCCGUCUACCCCUUCAUGUGCCCGCUCUCGUCCAAGCAGAUGGACGGAAAUCAACGGUUCGUGUACAUCGCAGCAUGCGGCUGCGCUAUGAGCUACACCGGUCUGCGUACGACAGUCGCGGCUGCAGAAGCGAGCAAGGAGAAGCCCGAGCAGCGACCGUGUCCGGUAUGCGGGAAGGCUUUCAACGCGGCCGGGUUGGUCAAGGCGAAGCAGCCGGAGGUAGGCGGGAGUCUCGUCACCAUCAACCCUGGAGAGGCGGAGCAGACGGAGAUGCGGGAAGCCUUGGACAAGGCGAGGGCAGAACAAGCGGCGAAAAAGAAGGCGAAGACAAGGACCGCGGAUCAAGCAACAGAGAAGGGCAAAGCCCAGGACAGCGAGAUUCAGGAAGACAGAGCGGAAAGAAAGCGCAGAAAGGCGGAACGAAAGGCAGAAGUGGGCGCCAGGAUAGCCGCGCUCACUUCCGAGCUUGCAGCCGAGCAGUCGUAG